UGUGUUCCCUAUCCAGAUGCAGGAAGCGUCGGAGGACGGGGAGGAGAAGGUUACGGCUGGCAUGGAGUCGCUGGCAGUAAAGGAGGGCGACGGUGAAGCCGAGGAGGAAGAGGAGGACUCCGCAGACCCUCAGAAAGCAGAGGAGGACGAGGCAGCGGAGGAAGAGCAGCAGCAGCAAGAGGAAGACGAGGAGGACGAGGACUGGUGCGUCCCGUGCAGCGACGACGAGCUGGAGGACACCGAGGGAUGGACCCCCCCUGCGGAGGAGAUCAAGAGACUGUAUGAGCUCAUAGCCGGCGAGGGGACUCUGCCUCUGCAGGUGGACUUACUGCUUCGGCGGCCACCGACUCCAGAACCAGAUCCGCUGGAUGAGGAAUCCGAUCAGGAGCCGGAGGAAGAAGAGGAGCAGGAGGAGACGCCGGCCGUUCCCACAGAGUUUGACUUUGAUGAUGAACCUUCGACUCCGAGGAACUCUUUGAUUGACCGCAGGAGGACGCCAGGAAGCUUGUCCCGCAGCCAGAAGCGAGAGGCGCGACUCGACAAGGUCCUUUCUGAUAUGAAGCGGCACAAGAAGAUCGAGGAGCAGAUCCUGAAAACCGGGCGAGACCUCUUCGACAUGGACCCCGACUCCGUGCCCACCCCGAAACGCUCGUCCGCCAUCUUCCCCCGGCAGCGGAAAUACUGAGCGAGGAGCCGGCGGCCGCGUUACGCUGUUGUGUUACGAUGAAGCGGUGAAGCGUCUCCGCAGAGCGUCUCGGGAAGUGUCUCUGGGGGAGCUUUUCGCCUCUCGCUGAGCCGAUGACUUUGGGCUUUGCCGCGUCUGCUAAACACUGAACACUCUACAAAGGAUUUAGCAGCCCCUGUGCCUGCGCGGCGCGCUCCGGGGCUCAGAAACCUCCGGCUGGGAGGGUGAACAUUGAACUCGGCCCCUCGAGCCGCCCCGGCCUUUUAUCUGCCGUCCGCUCUGCGGCUAUCUUGAUGCUUUCUACACUCAGAUCCUGGAACCGGGGGUCCCGCUGGCUUUCCGGCCCCCGCAUACACGAUGGGUAGAGCUGUAAGACCCUCGCGCACUCGGCUUCCGCCGCAUCCUCUUGGUGCUGCCCUCUGGGGGGGGCUCUGUGCCGGGGGGGGCUGAUCAUGCGCUCAUUCCUGGAAUAUUUUGUUUUCAUUAAAAGAUCUAAGAAAUAACGUCGCUUUACGAUAAAAAAAAAAAAACCUCAAACUGGUGAAAUAUAAUGAAAAUGAGGUCCGUGCGCAUGCGGCGUGUUUGUGUGCAUGCGCGCGCGUGGGGCGUGUCCGUGGGUAGGGGGGUAUUCCGCGUGAAAAUGCCGAAUCGCGGUGUAAUUAUUUUUCGCAUGAAAUCUUUUCCGCCUGCUUU